CACGACUACAAAUUUAGAAUAAUUACAAAAAUGGAAAAAGCGAGAAACUCUCCAUAUAAAUACUAAAGAAAUGGCGUUUCAGCUUCCCUGCGCCUAGCCCUAUACCUAAGUUUUUUUGUUUUUGUAUUUGUAUUUGUAGCUAUGGAGUUUUAGGUUUUUUCUUAGUGAUUUUACUGUUCUAAUUUUACCAAAUUACUAUAAAUUUGAUCUAUUCUGGGGUUAGGAGGUGUGGAUCCGCAUCGAUCGUUAUUACAGCUAGGGUUUCCCACCUGUGUUCAUUGCCGCCAAUAUAUUCGUCUAUGCAUACUCCUUUGAUGUAUAUCUGAUCUGUAGAAAUUUCUUGUUAUAGUCUGUAAUAUUUCAUACCUUCAAAGAAUUGAUCUGAAAAAUGAGACAACUGUCCGUAUUUUUGGUGUCAUUUGUCAUUAUUUUGGGCUCUUGAUUAUGGGAUCGGAGAUUACGGUUUUUUUUAUUCUUGAUUUCGAUAGUUUCUUUUUGUGUAUAUCUCGAAAGUAAUUGCUUUUUUUAAGUAGUUUCUGGGAUUUGGAAACGGUGAGAAAUGGAUAAGAAGAAAGUUGUUGCACCACUAGUUUGCCAUGGGCAUUCUCGACCAGUUGUCGAUUUGUUCUACAGCCCUAUCACCCCUGAUGGGUUUUUCCUAGUCAGUGCUAGCAAAGAUUCCACACCAAUGUUAAGAAACGGAGAGACCGGAGAUUGGAUUGGAACCUUUCAAGGGCAUAAAGGUGCGGUAUGGAGUUGUUGCCUGGAUAAACAUGCUCUGCGUACUGCCUCUGCUUCUGCUGAUUUUUCGGCGAAAUUAUGGGAUGCUUUAACUGGAGAUGAACUGCAUUCUUUCGAGCAUAAGCAUAUAGUUCGUGCUUGUGCCUUCUCAGAGGAUACUCAGCUUCUGUUAACUGGAGGCAUUGAAAAAGUUCUUCGCAUAUUUGAUUUAAAUCGACUGGAUGCUCCUCCCAGGGAAGUUGAGAAUUCUCCUGGUUCAGUUAGAACUCUUGCUUGGCUCCACAGUGACCAAACUAUCUUAAGUACCUGUACUGAUAUGGGAGGGGUUAGGUUGUGGGAUGUAAGAACUGGCAAAAUAUUUCGGACACUUGAGACCAAGUCUUCAGUAACCAGCGCUGAAGUGAGUCAAGAUGGGCGCUAUAUAACUACCGCUGAUGGAUCAACUGUCAAAUUUUGGGAUGCUAAUCACUUUGGACUGGUGAAAAGCUACAAUAUGCCUUGCAUUGUUGAAUCAGCUUCAUUGGAACCAACGUAUGGUAAUAAGUUCGUUGCUGGAGGAGAAGACAUGUGGGUUCGUGUUUUUGAUUUUCACACUGGUGCAGAAGUUGGAUGCAACAAAGGUCACCACGGUCCAGUGCACUGUGUUCGAUUUUCUCCCGGAGGUGAAUCCUAUGCUUCGGGUUCUGAAGAUGGGACUAUCAGGAUAUGGCAGACUGGACCCUUGACUCAUAAUGAACAGGACACUUCUUCUAAUGGACCUACUCAGAACGCGGAGGAUGCAGCUGAUGAGGUUGCUCAGCAAAUCGACAAUUUUCAUAUUGCUGAAGAGAAAAACGAGCGAGGUGAAAAGGCAAUCGAUGCUGAAUAGGAGUAUUUUGUCUUGUGUGUCUGUUACAGUUUACCCCAAACUGAAGGUUGUAAAAAUGGCAUAACUCAUCCUGUUUCUAUGGCGUAUUUGAAUAAAGAUGAUUCAGCCUUCAUGUUAGA